GCCUAAUAACGUCUCAACAGAACUCGUGUAAACACUCAUCUGUACUUUUCUGUCGAGCAGCUCCAGUUUGCAGCCUGACCUGUUGUAUUCUGCAGAUAACAUGGACAUGCUCUGAAAUCCAGCUUCCUUUGUCGCAAAAGUUGACGCUGUCUGAUCACAUCAGGAUGUUGAACACACGUUUCCAGCCUUUUAUGGCAUAAACCUGCGCGUAAUCACAGCCAACUCUUAAAAACAAAAAGCAGCCCAAUGAUUAGACCUACACAUCAGAGGAAACCCUGCUCUCCACGAACUAGCCUGUCUUGAUACAACAUGAUUAUCAAAGUAAAUCAACUGUAUCUUACAGUUGCACUGCUCAUCCCGGUGCUCCGUCUCCCCACGCUGCGCUCCGGCUCUCCGCAUCCACGGGAGCCUCAACUCGCACCUCUCCGACAAAGAGAGUAGUGUUUGCGGAGACUUCCCCGCAGCCAAUCGCCGUACCGUUGCCCCUGGUAACCACGUCCAUCAUCUUUGCCCGUCCAAUGAGUGGCAGGUGCGGGGCGGAGUCCAGGUGCGCCUCGGCGUACACUUGGCAGAGCGCCUGGGAGCCGCCUGUGGGCAGGAGAGGAUCUGUCAAAUGCGAGGUUCCUAUAAUAAGAGCGACCAGUCCGGCUCCGGAAGUCAUGGCGACCGCAGCGUCUAACCACUACAACAUACUCACCUCCAGCGCAUCCAUCGUGCACUCGGAGCCUGGCAGCAUGCAGCAAGCCACGGCGUACCGGGACGCACAGAGCCUGUUGCAGGGCGACUACGCGCUCCAGAGCAACAGCCACACGCUCAGCCACGCACACCAGUGGAUCCAGGCGCUGUCCCACGGAGAGGGAGCCCCGUGGUCCUCCAGCCCGCUCGGCGCAGAGCAGGACAUCAAACCCACGGUGCAGGGCGCCCGGGACGAGAUGCACAACUCCAGCAGCAACCUGCAGCACCAGUCGCGGCCGCCCCACCUGGUGCACCAGACGCUCGGGAACCACCACGACAGCCGGGCGUGGAGAACAACCACCGCGGCGCACAUACCGAGCAUGGCGACGACGAACGGCCAAAGCCUUAUUUACUCCCAGCCGAGCUUCAGCGUGAACGGGAUGAUCCCGAGCAGCGGGCAGGGGAUGCACCACCACAUCCUAAGAGACAGUCAUGACGACCAACACAGCCCGCACCUCAGCGACCACGGCCACCCGCCGUCCCAGCAUCAGCACCAGCACCAGCCGGGGAGCCACCACGACCACUCGGACGAGGAUACGCCGACCUCGGACGACCUGGAGCAGUUCGCCAAACAGUUCAAACAGCGGAGGAUCAAGCUGGGCUUCACGCAGGCGGACGUGGGACUCGCCCUGGGGACCCUGUACGGAAAUGUGUUUUCCCAAACCACCAUAUGCAGGUUUGAGGCCCUGCAGCUCAGCUUCAAAAACAUGUGCAAGCUGAAGCCUCUGUUGAACAAGUGGCUGGAGGAGGCGGACUCCACCUCGGGCAGCCCAACCAGCCUGGACAAAAUCGCUGCGCAGGGCAGGAAAAGGAAAAAACGGACUUCGAUCGAGGUAAGCGUAAAGGGAGCGUUGGAGAGCCAUUUUUUGAAGUCCCCUAAACCGGCAGCGUCGGAAAUAAUCGGCCUGGCGGACAGUCUGCACCUGGAGAAAGAGGUGGUGCGGGUUUGGUUUUGUAACAGGAGACAGAAGGAGAAACGCAUGACUCCUCCCGGAGGAGCUCUGCCAGGGAGCGAGGAUGUGUACGGGGACACGCCGCCGCACCACGGGGUCCAGACCCCAGUCCAAUGAACUCAGCCGGACCGCUCCUCCAGGACUUGUUUAUCCUUUUUAUUUAUCCCCGAGGGUAUAUAUAAAUCACUGGACUAUGAAGCGAUAUAGUGGUGUUUUAUGUAUAAUAGAUUGCAGUGACUACUCACACAAUAUCUGCAGUGAAUCUGUGAAACACGGAGAGUGAGUGAGGGGAGGACGGGACAUUUGAUUUCCUCUGCCAGAGCUAAAGGAACAUAAGCCUGUGUUGUGUUCUCCGAGGAUACAUGGCCAGCACUGUGACUCCAGUCGACGCAGUUUAGAGGUGUAGCCCCCAUUGUGUUAUUGAAAUCAUACUUGACGAGAACAAAAGUAGAGGGAGGGGGAAAAAGGCAUACGUGUUUUUUUGACGACAGGCACAGCUCAGCGGUUCCCAUUUGCUACUUUUUUUUAUUUUUUCAAAUCCAAUUCAACAUUUAUUUUGUCCUAGUUUUGUAGCUCUACACUGUGCGUCCAGCAGUGGAUGGAUAGAUGGGUGGGUGGCUGGGUGUCGCAAAGGAGGGUCAAAGGAGCUGCGUUAAUGGGGUAAACUGGGGGCCAGUGAAUGCUGCGGCCCAGAACAGUGGAGUCCAGCUGAGGGUGAGCAUCGGCCGAGUCCCAUCUGUCAGCCAGGCAGCACAGAGCCGCUCUGCGCUGCGGGAGGAACUCUGCUGGAGGCUGCAGGCCAUUCAGCUCGUAUUUAUUCUGAGAGGAUGUGGUCAUGGACAUUAUUAUUAUUAUUAUUAUUAUUAUUAUUAUUAUUAUUAUUAUUAUUAUUAUUAUUAUUAUUAUUAAGUUCACUGGCUGACCUCUCCACUGGCCUGCAGAGCAAUCGGGCCCUGACCAAGUAUUAACGUGAUAUUACAUGAUAUUCUUCACAAAACCAGCGUUAAAUAAUAUAAAUAAUAUAAAAUAUCCUCUGAGAAUCUCCCAGCUCAGGCUUGGUGGCGAUUGAUUUGCUUAUCUGGCACUUUUCCCACAACAGGAUGGGCUAUAGAUAUAUCUACAGAGAUAUAUGUCAGCAACUCUCACAUAAAUUUUGGGUCCACUUUUGUAAAUAUUGUAUAACUUUGAAAAGUCAUGGCUUCAUCCCUUUUUUUUUCUUCACUGAGGCACUUUUCUGGAUCGAUGUUUUCAAAAACAAGCGGGCUGAGUUUCCAUUCAUAGCCUUCCUACUGCCUUGUACUUGUUUGCUAUUUAACGUUAUUAUUUUGUAUUGUGUUGCCGAAGUCAUGCUCGUUUGCGGUUUUACAAUUUUCGGUUUUAAUUUGACUCUGACGACGUGUUUAAAAAAACACGUGGAAUCAGUUUAAUUUUGAUCAAUUGUCCGAUGAGUUCUUUUUUCUUUGUGAAACUACGUUAGAUUGUGUUUCCAAUCAAAAUACUGUCUGAAUUCAGAUUUAACAUUUCUUUCAAACCAUAAAUGAAUCAGGACAAAAACAACGAGCUCACCACCAUGAUUAGUGGGUUUGGAAAAUAAAAUAAAUAAUUAUAAUACAUUUCUAUCUAAAUUUAUAUUUGAAAUCACAUUUGGUGACAUUCCAAAAAUUGCAGCAUAUGAUCAAAAUUAGUAUUAUUGUUAUUAUUAUCAUUAUUAUUGUCAUUAUUAUUAUUUGUUCAUGAGCUUGUUGCCAUGCGUUUCAUUUCAGCCAUUUUGUUUAUCUUCGUUCUUUAUUCUGGGGGGAUAUUGUUGUGGAGAACUUUUAUUUUGUUUUUUAAUGAGAUUGUAAUUUAUUCUACGUUGGGUUUUUAUAUAGGUGACACGAAGAGCAAGAUAUAUAUGAAAUGACAGCGAAGAGGCUUUUGUUUUGAAGGGAAGGAGCGAAACUUAGAUUUUAUUUUGUUUUAUUUGACUUUUUUCCAGCGGCAUUGCCACAGCUUGGACCGGUACAUUUAAAUGUACAUAAUACAUAUUUUCUCCGCACAGCAUAUUGUCCUUUUUGUAAUUAUUUUAUCGUAUCUUGUUUUUUGGUUUGAAGCAAACACAGAUAUCCAGGGAUGUGUUUUUUUCCUCUCUCAUGUGGGAACAGAAUUUAUCUUCUUGUUUUGUUUUUUUCAUGCCAUUGAGAUGUUUUCCUCGGUAGCUUUAAUGAAUCGAAGUUUAAAUUCACGUUGUGGGACGUAGACCUGACCUGUAGCAAUCCGACGCCGGUUUCCAUCUGGUUUUGGUUGAAUCGCCUGCUGUUAAACCUUUAUUUUUAUUUUGUAUGUUUUGAUGGGGUCGGGGGGGGGGCUCUGUGGGCUCUGUCAUAAUCGCUGGAUGAACUUGGGGUGAAGCAGAGGAGACAAAUGCCUGUAGGUGUUUCAUCACUUGACAAAUGAACAACGGACUUGCACAUUUUUAAAUAAUGGGGUUGAUAUUAAACAGCUUUUUUCCAAC